AUGAGCCGUUUGUCGAAGGAUUCCAGCGAGCGGAAGUUAGUUUCGAUCGAGGUGAUCGGCUCUGAGGAGAGCUACGCAGAAUCGGUCUUGAGCGAGGUCGAUCUUUCCGAGAAGGGCUUCGAAGAGGUUGAGUUUGUCCAGUCGCUGCUUUCGAAAGUGGCUGCCAGAAAGUCGCAAUGGAAGUGGCUGACCUGGCAGGGCGUGCGGCUGGAAGACUGCGAUUGGACCACCGCCCGGGUGCAGCAGGGUGUUUUCGACGAGUCGAAGAUCGAACGUUGCCGUAUGACGGGGUUGGAGGUGUUCGAUUCGCAGUUCCGCGGCUGCCGGUUCGAGAAGUGCAAGUUCGAUCUGGCUUCGCUGCAUGAGACGAAGUGGCGAGAUUGCCGGUUUGUGCAGUGCGAUCUGAAGGCUGCCGACUUCCAGGGCUGCGAACUGCGCGAGGUGGUGUUUCGCCACUGCGAUCUUCGUAACGUCCGGCUGCUUGGCAACCGGCUGAGGAAAAUCGAUUUGCGGGGAUCGCAGGUGGAUGGCCUGCAGGUGGAGGCGGAGAACCUACGGCAUUUGACGAUCGACACUUCGCAGGUGUUGUACUUCGCGUCGUUGAGCGGAAUUGAAGUACGCGAACUCCGGGACGAUGAAAGUGCCUUCGUGGGCGGGAGCUUGUUCGGGCAGCGGGCGAUGGCCUCGAAUGCGGUACUUGAGCAGGUUGAAGAUGAAUUCGACCGAAGUGCUCGCAUCGACGUAUUCGCGGGGGAAGACCUUGGGGCUGCCGUUCACAUCGAGCGAACCAAUGCCGGGGAAGAGGACAUUGAUCACGCCGUUGUAGACGAGCGACGUGAAUUUGCGGCGGAGGCCCUCCAUACGGAAGCGGCGGCGAAUCUUUACCAAGGUGGGGCGCUCGAGAUUCAGAGCGACGUCGCACACUUUGGCCACAUCGCGCGAGUCGCACUGGCCGUCUGCAUGGAGAAACCCAAUGAUGCGGCCCCGGCAGGCUUCCAGACCGGUGAGGAUGCCGUGCCCGUAACCUUGGUUGACUGGGAUGGUGCGUUUGAUGAUCGGCAGCCCGUCUUUGAUCAGGUCGUCGAUGAUUUGGCCGGUGUUGUCCUUCGAGCCGUUGUCGACGAGGACCAAUUCGAGACUGAUGCGGAUCUCGCGGAAGGCCUGGACGAGCCGCAGAACUGUGAUGCGGAGACAGGCCGCCUCGUUGUAGCAGGGGAUGGCGAGGGAGACCUCGGGUGCGGGGCCGCGAUCCAUGUCGUGUUGCGUAUCGAUGGUCAUGAAUCGGUGACGAGUGAAACGCGGGUGCAAAAGAUGCCCGCUGGUGUAGCCCUAGCAUGCGACCCGACUUAUUGGGCCGCCUCGCUCCCACGGAAUCGAGUAUAG